AUGGCGGCCACUGUCAUCCUAACCAGCGCACCGCUCUUGUUGAGCCAAGUUCCCUUGGCCAGCUUUGUGCCGGAUGUGAGCCAACCUUAUUCAGACGUAUACCAGCCAUACAUGGUCUCGCGAUCGGACUAUUCAGUGAGACGAGAUGUCGCAUUUACUGGAGUCGUGAACAUAUCCUCUGAGCGCUUCCUCCAAAUCCUCGCCACUAGGUUCGCGACCCUGGUGGUCCGUCGUGAACAGGGGAGCACAUACCGAGUGGAGUCCACGAACGGGUGCGUCUAUACGCUCGACAGCCCGCAGAACCUCUUUGCAGCGAUCCUGGAGAGUGAAGAGAGUGGCGACCAAACAAGAAGAUGGCUGGAUGAGUGCAAGCGACAAGGCUUGGCACCCCGUUUUGUGGUGGGAUACCGGACGUUUGUCGACUCCAAGCUUUCUCGUGGAGAGGAGACGUCUACAGAGACCCGAACUGACUUGCACCAACCGCUCAGCACCACGCAGGGUGGCGUGGCCGGCGUAGCUGACGUCGAGGCCGGCGUCGGGCGCAAGGCGACGCAAGAAAUCCGGACCCAGGCCGAAGUGCCGGGUGAAAGGAUCUACGCUAUUGCUUACCGCAAAAUCCGAAUUCAAACUCGCAAGCGCGACAAGACGAUCAGCCUCGACUUGAAGACGAAAUGGAAGCCCUUUAACGCAUCGCGAAGCCGAGAUAGCGAUGAAUCGACGUACUUGGAGGCUGAGGUCUCAAAAACAGAUGACAUGGAGGACUGCGAUGAGAUUUUUACCGUGAAUUCUGUGUCUGGCAAAGAUAGUGAACCGGUUCGAAUCGCUGUCAUGCAGGAUAAUAGCUCCGGAUAUUAA